UGGCGUGCAGGAGAGACAAGGCAGCGGGAGAGAACGAAACGUACCACGGUCUCGUGGAUUCUGCCUGCACUCUGCGACCAUUCCGCAGUAACACGUCGUCCAAGUCGGUUUCGCAGCGUUCCUCGGUCUCUGGCCUCUUGCCACGAGGCAGCACACGUCCUCGAGAUGAUCCAACAACCGAUCCGCCGUGGGACCGGCUUCUUUUUACCGAUCCUGCCUACCUCUGUCUAAAGUCCCCUUCGAACGAAAGGAAACCUCUUCCGAUUCCUGCUCCUGAAAAAUUCCUUCGAUCGUGCUGGAAUUUCACGUGCCAAAUAUGGUUCUGUUUCCUUUUGCUCCCCUGGUCUCGUAACGUUUACGGGAUCUCAAAGUGGUGAACAGGAAGGACACUUUAAAAUAAGUUUCCACUCAACGUGGAUGGUGAUUCUUAAGACGUUCGACCAGAGGAGAGUAAAGUUGUUUUGGAGUUGCACGUAACAGCUCCGGUGACGCUUCGUUUUUCGAAUCGGCGAGAAUGAAGGGCCACGAAGAAGGUCGAGAGGAUUUUAGCACGGUGAACCACAGCGUUCGUCGGGGACGCCUCGAGAAAGGGAAGUGACAAGAAACCUUUCGGUGUUUGAAGAGCUUACGAAAUGAUUGAGAAUUAGAAUGUGUUUACCCGUUGGUGUUUCGAGUGACUGUUUUCGAUGACACUUCCGCGACCGGUUGCCUUGACUAACAGGUGAUCGUUGUUUCACGGCCGAUUCCUCUUUUUUAUAUUUAUCAACGGUGACUUACGAAAGUUUCCUUACACCCUCUGUAUGAUCGGCGUCGUUAUUAUCGCCGGAAUUCACGAUGGAAAUGAUUGAAGACAAAGGAAACCGGACAUGAACAAGAUAAAAGAAAAAUUUUGUUCAUCGAAAACAAUUUCUUUCGCUGUAUUUGUGAAGAUCAAAUGUUUCGAUGCUGAAGAUGAGAUAUGAAUUGUGCCGUGUGAAAAAUGAUGGGUUUCCCGGCAAAACCGGAAAUCUGAACAGAGAUUCGAUGAAAGUGAGCCGACACGAGUUGUGUUAUCGGUAUUAAUUCAAAAAGUAAGUGUCGUUGUGUGGCUUUCGUCCAUAAAAAAGUGAAACGUUGCCCGAUCUUACUGGGGCAAUAAUUAACUCGUCCUUAACGACUUUGGAUACACCUGGUUCGGCAAGAUGGCAGUUUGCAGCGGCUUACUCAUUAUUUCGCGAUUACUUCUCAUCGUCGUAGCAUUGACUGUACCAGGAACAUGGAUAAACAUCGGCUUGCAACACUUUCCACAACUCGAAACUGCUCAGAUGAUAGAAACUUACGACGUCGCUGCAUCGAGCAUUUGUCAUGGGCUAAAAGGGCUCUCGCAAGGCCAAGGGAAGCUAUGCCAGUUGUCCGUGGAUCACAUGCCAAGUGUUGCGAAGGGUGCAAAAUUUGGAAUUCACGAGUGCCAGCAUCAAUUUCACGACCGAAGAUGGAAUUGCUCCACUGUCUCUGAUGAAUCAGUGUUCGGACCUAUGCUUAGAAUAGCAAGCAGAGAGACUGCGUUCGUCCAUGCGAUCACAGCUGCAGGAGUGGUAUAUUCGAUUAGCCGAUCUUGCAGAGAUGGACAAUUAUCCUCGUGUGGAUGUUCUAGAAGCAGCAGACCCAGAGAUCUAAAGCGAGACUGGAUCUGGGGUGGCUGCGGAGACAAUCUCGAAUACGGUUACAAAUUUACACAAGCAUUCGUUGAUGUGAAAGAACGUGAGCGAAGUUUUAAAAGAGGCAGUAGAGAACAAGGCAGAAGCUUAAUGAAUCUUCAUAAUAACGAAGCCGGACGCAGGGCUGUUAUAAAACGGUCCAAAGUAACGUGCAAGUGUCACGGAGUUUCUGGAAGUUGCAGCUUAAUUACUUGCUGGCAGCAACUCGCUUCCUUCCGAGAAAUUGGUGAUUUUCUCUUAGAUAAAUACGAUGGGGCAACAGAAGUGAGAGUAAAUAGACGUGGACGUUUGUCUAUGCGAGAUCCAAGAUUUUCGUUACCUACUGCGAAUGAUCUAGUUUAUUUGGAUGAAUCUCCAAACUAUUGUCUUCCUAAUGAAACACUUGGAUCGUUAGGUACACACGGAAGAAUUUGCAACAGAACAUCAUCCGGUAUGGAUGGAUGUAAUCUUCUUUGCUGCGGUCGAGGAUAUAACACACAAAAAUCAACCAUUAGAGAACGAUGCGAGUGCAAAUUUCAUUGGUGUUGUUUCGUUGAAUGCAAAACUUGUGUUAAAAGCGUAGAUAUUCAUACUUGCAAAUAAAAUUUCAAUUUUAUUUGAUA